UGUGCAGUUCCGUCUAAAGUAACGACAUGCACUCCCGAGACAAAUUUUCGAGGCCUAUCAUUAUGCCGUAACUUAUUAACACAUUUAUCUCUACAAUUAUUUGUCUGGUUUACAGGAUUGGUUGCGUUAGUGGGUAAUAUCUGCGUUAUUGUCCAAUAUUUUAUUAAUUCACGUCGAUCGGUAAAAGUGCCCCACUUACUCGUGGCCAAUCUGGCAUUGGCAGACUUUACGACUGCAAUCUACUUAUUAAUUCUUGCUGUAGCUGAUCUUACAUACCAUGGAAUUUAUGGAAGUAUCUUUGAAACUUGGUUGAAAAGUUGGUCAUGUUCUAUUGCGAUGUUACUGGGUACUUGUUCUAGCCUGAUGUCGGUUUUAAUGAUGUUAAUCAUUACUAUUGAUCGUUAUAUAUGUCUAGUUUUUCCAUUUUCAACUCGUAAAUUAACAGCAUCGCAGUCUCGUUAUCUUAUCUUGGCAGCUUGGAUAACCUCAUUUACAUUUUGUAUUAUUCCAACAAUAACUAGCAUUAAUGAAGAUGGUGAUAAACGCUUACAUUACUUUUCUAGUAUUUGCAUGCCAAGUAAUGUUAUCAAUGUUUAUUAUCGUGCUUGGAUUAUUUUAUAUACCAUUAUUACUAUCAUAGCUUGGUUUAUUACUGCCAUUUUAUAUCUUGCAAUAUUUAAUUCCAUUCGUAAAAGUAGUAAAAUGAUCCGUAGAUCAACAGAGAGUAAAGAUAAAACUAUUGCAUUUCGAUUAUUUAUUAUUAUUAUAUCCGAUUUAGUUUCGUGGUUACCAUUCUAUUAUACAUUAUAUCGUGCCAUUAUCCAACAGACUAGUAAUGUGUUUGAAAUACAAUUUGUUGUCAUUAUAGCUUUGCCUAUAAAUUCGGCUAUUAAUCCAUUUAUUUAUACUUUCACU